CCGGCGUGCGACCUCCUCUGCGUCACCAAACCAUAUACGCCAUGGCUCAUGCUGAUAAUUCAAAGUCCAACAAUUCGGAGCAGCGACCCUAUCUUCGGCUCAAUCCCCCGAAAUUCAACGGAGACGACCCAUGGGGAUGGACUUUCAAGGUUGACAUGUAUUUCGACUAUUACGGAAUGUCGAAAGUGCAUCGUCUACACUUUGUCGGACUACUCUUCGAGCAGCAGGCGCUGGAUUGGCUCAUUUACCGAAAAAAACACAAAUUGCUGAAAUCAUGGUCUGAGUUCAUGGAAGCAGUGAAAGAGAGGUUUGAUUCAACAUAUCAUGACAAUCAUUUCGGGAAACUGUGCAAGCUGCAACAACUCAACACGGUGAUCGAAUAUCAGGACGAGUUCGAGAGGCUUUUGGUCAAGAUUAAGGGUGCAUCGCUAUCGGAGACUCACCUUGUCUCCAUAUGUGAAUCGGGCUUCAAAGAUGCUAUUCGUUGGGAACUACACUUGCGAAAGCCUUCGUCCUUGUGUGAGACUUUUGCACUUGCCCGCAAAUUCGAGAAGAUGUACGAUGAAGGCUUCAAGUAACAGAGGUGUGUAUUUGUUGUUUUAUAGUUUUAGGUGUUUGAUUUUAGUUAUUUUUUUUGAGUUGAAUUUUAUGGGGAUUGAAUUUAUUUGCAGUUGUUUCCUAUUAGUCCUCAUUAAAGUUUAACAGA